CACGUGACUGCGGAAGCCGGAAGUGGUUGUGAUUGCGGAAGUGUUCUUUCCUCGAGUCCAACUUAAAGACGCUGCAAUUCUUCUUUGUGCGACAUCUUCCUUCAUGUAGGAGCUGCCCGGUCUUCCACCUUGGAGUGCGGCCAUGGCGGACCCCAAUGACGUCAGUCUGCAGCCCGAGGAGCGAGUCCGCAUCCUGACCAAGAAGGGCAGCUCAGUGGAGAUCAACGAGCAGGUGCCCCCCCGACGCUACUUCCGCUCUGGCAUGGAGAUGAUCCGCAUGGCCCAUGUCUACGCUGAAGAGGGCAACAUCGAGCACGCCUUUGUCCUCUACAACAAGUACAUCACUCUCUUCAUAGAAAAACUGCCCAGACAUCGGGACUACAAGACGGCCAACAUCCCUGAGAAGAAAGACACACUGAAGAAACUGAAGGACGUGGCUUUCCCUCAGGCCGAGAUCUUGAAGAAAGCUCUGACCAAGAGAUUUGAACAAGAGUAUGCACAGUACCUGGUCAAGAAGAAGGCGGAGGAGGAGGCGCAGGCGUUAGAGCAGUCCCGGCAGCGAGCGCUGAAUGAGGAGCGUGAGCGUGUGGCCGUGAUGACGCGGCGCCAGCAGGAACAAGAACAGUUCAGUGCCUUCGAGGAGAUGAUCCGCCGCCAGGAGCUGGAGAGGGAGCGCCAACGCGUGCUGCUGGAGUUUGCCACGCCCUCCGCCCCAGCCCCCGACACGCCGCUUAUUCCUGGCAUCCAGGGGCCCCCCGCCCUCUCGCCCAACGACCCCCUCGGUCCCAGGGACAUGUCCGGCGGCAUCAACCACCAAGACAAUCGCACCUCCGCAGUCGUGUCCCCGCCCACCUUUGACCGCACCCUCAAGCCCGGCUCAUUGGUCAGCCCAGGAAACAACAAUGUGACGGUGGAUGCUCUUCGGCAGCUGGCGGUGCCUUCGGAGCUGUGUAGGCACUUCCUGCGCCUGGCGGAGGCCAACACCAGCCGGGCCGUGGAGACGUGCGGCAUCCUGUGUGGAAAACUGACCAGGAACAUGUUCACCGUGACACACGUCAUCGUUCCCAAGCAGUGUGGAGGACCCGAUUAUUGUGACACCGAGAACGAGGAGGAGCUCUUCCUCAUCCAGGACCAGUAUGACCUCAUCACGCUGGGAUGGAUCCAUGACAUACACAUAUGGAUCCAUGUGAGUGUUGAGACACACCCCACACAGACGGCCUUCCUGUCCAGUGUAGACCUGCACACUCACUGCUCCUACCAGAUGAUGCUGCCUGAAGCCAUCGCCAUUGUGUGUUCGCCCAAGUUCAAUGAGAUCGGCUACUUCAAACUGACGGAGCGAGGAACCAACGAGAUCUCCUCCUGCAAGCAGAAGGGCUUCCACCCUCACAGUAAAGAUCCACCUCUGUUCACGCAUGCAGCACACAUGUACAUCAGUGAGGACAAGGUGACUAUGCUGGACCUGAGGUGACUUGGAUCUUUCUUCAUGGUUGGAAGGACUUACCAGGACCUUGUCAUCAAACACCUUGACAACUCAGGAAUGUCUCUCUCUCUCCAUCCAUGGUGUUGUUUUUGUUGCCUCUCUCUCUCUCUCUCGCUCUCUCUCUCUCUCUCUCUCUCUUUCUUUCUCUCUCCAUGGCAUUGUUUUGUUGCUUCUCUCUCUCUCUCUCCAUGGUCUGGUUGUGUUGCUUUUCUCUCUCUCUCUCCGUGAUCUGGUUUUGUUGCUUCUCUCUCUCUCUCUCUCUCUCUCUCUCUCUCUCUCUCUCUCUCUCUCUCUCUCU